CUCGAAGCAAAGCAGAACCUCGACUCGGCUCGCUGACCAUGAGAAGUAUGAGUGCACGGCGGAUUUCCUGACCUGAAACGAAAAGACGAUGAUAGAUCUACGAACACGCUCGUUGUUUCUUCACCACAGCCUGCCUUUGAUCAGAACCCAACACAGACACAAGAGCAGCCGACGGCGUCAUGCCGGGGCUACCAGCGACUGUCGACCUCGAUGAGUGCAUCGAGAGGCUGUACAAAAAGGAACUCCUCAAUGAGCUCGUCAUAGAGGCCAUAUGCGCGAAGACGAAGGAGCUGUUGAUGAAGGAGAGCAACGUGGUGCACAUCCGCAGCCCCGUCACCGUGGUCGGCGACAUCCACGGCCAGUUUCACGACCUGCUUGAGAUCUUCCGGAUCGGAGGAAAGUGCCCGGACACAAACUAUCUAUUUCUCGGCGACUACGUCGACCGCGGUCUCUUCAGCGUCGAAACUAUCUCGCUCCUCAUCUGCCUCAAACUUCGCUACCCGAACCGCGUGCACCUGAUUCGUGGCAACCACGAAUCCAGGGGCGUCACGCAGUCGUACGGCUUUUAUACCGAAUGCAGCCGCAAGUACGGCAACGCCAACGUCUGGCACCACUUCACCGACAUGUUCGACUACCUUACUCUGUCCGUCGUCAUCAACGACGCCAUCUUUUGCGUGCACGGGGGCCUCAGUCCCAGCAUACACAGCGUGGACCAGAUCAAGGUCAUUGACCGAUUCAGGGAGAUUCCCCACGAGGGUCCCAUGGCGGACCUUGUGUGGAGCGAUCCGGACGCCGAAAGAGACGAGUUCUCGCUCAGCCCAAGAGGGGCAGGCUAUACGUUCGGAGCGCAGGUCGUGAAAAAAUUUUUGGCCGUGAACCGCAUGGGGCACAUUCUACGAGCGCAUCAGUUAUGUCAGGAGGGCUACCAAGUCCUCUACGACGACAGGCUCAGCACAGUGUGGAGCGCCCCAAAUUACUGUUACCGAUGUGGGAAUCUAGCAAGCAUACUUGAGGUCGAUGACAUGGGAAAGAGAUUCUUCAACGUAUUUCGAGAAGCGCCAGACAACGAGGAGGCGAGGAAAGAGCAGCAAGAGUUGCAACAAGGUACAGCCAUCGGUCCAAGUCCCCCUGACUAUUUCUUGUAAUGCUUCACCCGUCCGAGUGUCGUGUUUGGAAGUCAUUAGCAUCAACCUUGGAACUUUUUUGAUUUUGGAAAAAUGGCCCCCUGUUGGCUGAGUUUGCAAGUGUACGAUAUGAGCGGUAGCACGGACAAGUAGAGGCAUUCUAUUGGUCAAACAUGUUUCGUGAUUUCGAGCUUCAGUGUCUGUAUAGGGAAGGAUCGUUAUAUGUUAAAGCAAGUCGUGCGGUAGUGUUUUGGGGGCCUGAUCUAGCCAUAGUUUGCUUCACUUUUCUCGAUACCGGAGAGAUACAUUUGCUUGCGCCGGGUUUCGAAAACGUUGAGGGAAAAAAUCACCAAUCCUUCUUAAUUUUGAA